UAAAACCCUAAUUAGCGCUCCGUCGGGGUGAGGAAGAAAGGCAAAUCAAAGGAGUGAGAAAUCGGGAAGAUGAAUUCGGUGGGUGGCGGAAACAUUGGCAUGAUAAAGAAUUCAGUGGUGAGGUAUUUCUCUCGGAAACGCUCAGUGAAUGUCAGGAAGAUAAAUCCUAAGGUUCCGUUCCCUGAAGCUGCUUCAAUUUCUCACUCUCUUUACAAUAUCAUCAAGCAGCAUGGACCUCUCAACGUUUCCAGCACUUGGAAUUACGCCAAGGAGUCUAAUAUUGGUGGAUUGAACAGCAAAACCCAUAUGAAGAUAAUGCUUAAAUGGAUGAGGGGGAGGAAAAUGCUGAAGCUGUUCUGCAACCAGGUUGGUUCAAGCAAGAAGUUUUUGCAUUGCACUUUACCUGAAGAACCACAUGCUGACCAAUCAAAAGUACUACCAGAGCUAAAUAUUCCGGCCAGGAAGCCUUCAAUAAAGAGGAAAAAACAACAGCAAUAAGAUGUGUGAGGACCAUCUCAUGACUAGAGAAUGAUUACUAGGAAUGUUCCAUGUGCAAUUGUUCCUUUAAUUCUGUGCUUCAUUUGGAUGGAUGGUUCUUAACGCCUUUUAUCUAUUGUCAGUUUGUCAUUGUUCUUGACUACUUAAUUUGCCUUCCUUAUACUUCCUCUUGUUGAUUUUCUAGUAUGAAUUUAAUAAAGAAGGAUUUUAGAGUGCA